AUACCUAAUCUAAGAGCUUUUUCUGCAUCAAGUACUGCAGCAGUAUUUAUAUAAUGUAAUUAUAUUUAAAAGCGUAGAUGAUUUUGAAAGUUAGAUGAGUACGUCAUAAAAUGGUGACCGUAGGAGACGUUUAUAUUGUAUCCGCCGCGCGUACAGCUAUUGGAAGCUUCAAUGGAUCACUUUCUAAACUGAAAGCCUCGGAUCUAGGUAGUAUAGUUAUUAAAGAAGUGUUGAAGAGAAGCAAUGUUGCGAACGGUGAUGUGGACGAAGUCAUUAUCGGCCAAAGUCUUACAGCUGGGCAGGGACAAAACCCUACAAGGCAAGCGGCACUUCAAGCUGGUCUUUCUAUAAGUACUCCCGCUUAUAAUAUAAAUAUGCUUUGCGGUUCUGGUUUAAAAACUGUUGCAUUGGGCUUCCAAUCUAUACGUUGUGGAGAUUCUAAAAUUGUUAUUUGUGGGGGCCAAGAAAGUAUGUCCAUGGCACCACACGCCAUUCAUUUACGAAAUGGUAUUAAAAUGGGCCCUGGGACGAUGGUAGACACAAUGACAUAUGAUGGACUCACCGAUGCUAUGCAUAAUAUUCAUAUGGGCGUCACCGCCGAAAACUUAGUGAAACAGUAUAAUAUAACACGCAGUGAACAAGAUGAAUAUGCCGUUCGUUCACAGAACUUAGCGGAAAGUGCCCAAAAAAAUGGUUUCUUCGAUAAAGAGAUAGUACCCGUUGAGUUGAAGACGCGUGCCGGAAUACAAAUUUUUGAUAAAGAUGAGUACAUCAAAGUUGGCACCACAAAUGACUCACUGAAAAAACUAAAACCCUGUUUUGUUGAUAAUGGGACCGUAACGCCCGGAAAUGCUUCAGGCAUUAACGACGCUGCUGCAUUGGUAUUGUUAAUGUCAGGCGAAGAGAUGAAGAAACGAUCUAUAAAACCUAUGGCUAAAAUUGUGGCGUGGGCGCAAACUGGAGUAGAACCUGAUGUAAUGGGUAUUGGUCCCGUAUCUGCUGUGGAAGCUGUGCUGCUUAAAGCUGGAUGGUCGAAGGAAGAAGUAGAUUUGUUUGAAUUGAAUGAAGCAUUUGCGGGCCAAUCAAUUGCAGUAUUAAAGGGUUUAAAUGUAAACGCUGACAAAGUGAAUGUUAAUGGUGGCGCUAUUGCCUUGGGCCAUCCGAUAGGCGCCUCGGGUUGCAGAAUUUUGGUCACUUUAAUAUAUGCAUUAGAAAGGUUAAAUUUAAAAAAAGGUAUCGCGUCCUUAUGCAUUGGCGGUGGCAUGGGUAUCGCUAUGGCUAUUGAGCGUAUUUAGAGAUAAUGAAAUGCAUUCAUACACCUAUAAAUUUUGCAUUUCUAUGUAUGUACAUCUACAUUUUAUAUAAUCAUCUAAACAUAUUUUCAAAUGCAAAUGUUGACAAAAGCUAAAGGUUGGUUUAAUGUCAAGUGUUAUAACAAUAUAAAUGCAAAUAUACUGUCAGUGUCAAAAGAAAGUGUACGCCACCACGUUGACAAGUUGUGACUAUUGAUUUAUUAUUUUUCAAUUCAAUUCAAGAACAAUUAUUGACAAUGUAAUCUAAAUAAAUGCAUAACGUAAAUAGUAUAAUAGCAUUGAAGCAAACAUAAAAUAAUCAGAUCAUGAGACGUUUAUAAUAGAAAUACCUGUUGGAAAUAAAAACAGUAUUUCGCAAAUAUACAAAAAAUA